GCGCGCGUUAGCUAGUCGUGACGUUAUUAUUUAGGAUGGCGUCCAUGGAAGUUGACGCCUCGUCGAGUGCGGGAUCAUCAAAAGGAGAGAAGAAGCGGUUCGAAGUGAAGAAGUGGAACGCGGUCGCUCUGUGGGCAUGGGAUAUAGUUGUAGAUAAUUGCGCCAUCUGUCGUAAUCACAUCAUGGAGUUGUGCAUAGAGUGUCAAGCUAACCAGGCGUCUGCUACUAGUGAAGAGUGUACAGUCGCGUGGGGAGUAUGCAACCAUGCAUUUCAUUUCCACUGUAUUUCACGCUGGUUGAAGACACGUCAGGUUUGUCCACUUGAUAACAGAGAGUGGGAGUUUCAGAAGUAUGGUAGGUGAGGUCUCGAAGAUGAUUGGUAGAGAUCAGACUGAACAUUUGGACUUUCCUGCUUUCUGCCAGAAUGGAUGCUGUAGAAAGUUGUGUACUGGUUUCUGUGUUAGGGACUUAGUUGUGUUGUCAAAUUCUAAACAGUAAAUGUGGUCGUCAAGACCAUGGUCA